CAAUUCACACUUACACAGAAUUCAACAAUCUAGUAUUCCAUCUUCUAGUCUAAGAUUCUUAGCCAGUUGGUAAUUUGGCCAAAAUAUAAUUCAAAGUCCUAUCUCAAAUUCCAUGCUGAAAAACGCGUUGGAAUGCCUGAAUUUUUUCCACAAACUCCUUCCUUUCCUAAAGCUAAAGCUAGGAAAAGUCACAAAUUGUUCUACAGGAAUAGAACAAACUAGGGACUAUAUUUACCUGCUGCUACAACCGUGCUUUUUUCACAAAAUUUCAAAGUCUAGUUCUCAAAUCCUUGUUAAACCAUGGCUUUUGCUUCUCCAUAUUCUCUAUGUCCCGUUCUACUUUUCCUGCUGCCAGUUUGUGUUUUAGCUCAAACAUCUCAGAAUAUAUCAUUGAACUCCACAUUAACUGCAGCACUUGAUAAAAACAAUUCCUGGAAAUCUCCAUCUGGAGAUUUUGCAUUUGGAUUCCAGCAAAUAGAAGCCGGAAUGUUCUUGCUAGCCAUAUGGUUUAACAACAUACGUGAAAAAACCAUUAUUUGGUCAGCCAAUGGUGGAAAUCUGGUGCAACAAGGCUCCACAAUUCAACUUACAAGAGAUGCUCAGUUCAGGCUCAAUGACAACCAAGGAAAGCCAGUGUGGACAGCUAACUUGGCUGGCUCAGGUAUUGUUGAUCAUGCGGCUAUGCUCGACACGGGGAACUUUGUAUUGGCAAGCCGGGAUGACUCCCCUUUGUGGGAAAGUUUUGGUCAGCCAACUGAUACAAUACUACCCACACAAAUAUUAAACAGAGGCAGCAGGCUCGUUGCUCGUUAUUCAGAAAUGAACUACUCGAGCGGAAGAUUUUUGAUGCAGUUACCAUCAAAUGGAAAUCUUGUACUUUCUACUGUACAUUUCCCACAGACUUCACCAAAUCGUGAUUACUGGUCAGCUAACUCUGAUGGGGGUGGCUUUCAGGUUACCUUUAACCUGUCUGGCUACAUCUACCUAGAAGCUGAAAAUGGAAGCUUACUCCGCUAUAUAACAUUAAAUAAAUCUUCAACUAGUGACUUCUACCAGCGAGCAAUCCUUGAAUAUGAUGGUGUCUUCAGGCAAUACGUGUAUCCAAGGAACGAUAGUGUCGCCGAUGGAUGGCCUAUGGCCUGGUCGUUGUCAUCUUCUGUCCCAGAAAAUAUUUGCCAGAGUAUCGCAGACGUGAACCAAGUCGAAGGUAGUGGGGCUUGCGGGUUCAACAGCUACUGUAUUCAAGGAGAUGAUAAGAGGCCUAGAUGCGAGUGCCCCCCUGGAUACACAUUCUUGGAUCCAGAUAAUGAAAUGAAUGGAUGCAAACAGGAGUUUGUCCCACAAGAGUGUAACAGAGGCCAAGAUGCAGAUCAUUUUGAAAUGAGGGGGCAGUCCGGCGUAAAUUGGUGGGGAGGGGAUUAUGAACAUUAUAAUGACAUUGAUGAGGAUUGGUGUAGACAGGUAUGCUUAACAGAUUGCUUUUGUGCCAUUGCAAUCUUUAAUGGAGGCCGUCAAUGUUGGUUGAAGAGAAUUCCUUUCUCAAAUGGGCUGAGAGUUGAUUCUGGAACUAAAGCACUGGUCAAAAUACGGAAAGACAAUUCCACAACAUCAAUUUGCAAGGAGGAAGGCUGUUCUGCACCACCAUUUGCUGCUAAGGGUUCAGAGAAACAUAAGUCAACACUGAUUCUUAUUCUAACUAUGCUCUUUAGUGGCUCAGCAUUUUUGAACCUUGUUCUGUUGAUUGCUACUUUUUGGGCUGUUCAAAGGAUAAGAAGGGUGAUAAAGCCCCCCCGAGAAAUCCAAGGCAUAAAUUUGCGAAGCUUCACUUACAAGGAACUUGAAGGAGCUACAAAUAAUUUCAAAGAAGAACUUGGAAGGGGUGCUUGCUCAACAGUUUACAAAGGAAUUCUUGCUAUUGGUAACAAUAGUUUGAUUGCCGUUAAAAGAUUGGACAAGAUGGUAACAGACAGUGAGCAAGAAUUUCAAGCAGAAAUGAGUGCAAUUGGCAAGACAAAUCACAAGAAUCUUAUGCAGCUUCUAGGAUUUUGCAAUGAGGGACAACAUCGACUUUUGGUGUAUGAAUACAUGAGCAAUGGAUCUUUAGCAUCUUACCUCUUCGGAAAUUCAAGGCCCAGUUGGUAUAGAAGAACUCAAAUUGCUUUUGGAACAGCAAGAGGGCUUGUUUAUUUGCAUGAAGAGUGCAGCAAACAGAUCAUACACUGUGACAUCAAGCCUCCAAAUAUCCUUCUAGAUGACUCUUUGACAGCAAGAAUUUCAGACUUUGGAUUGGCAAAACUUUUAAAGACAGACCAGACACGAACAGUUACUGCAAUUAGGGGAACAAAAGGAUAUGUUGCUCCAGAAUGGUUCAAAAGCAUGCCUAUCACAGUCAAAGUCGAUGUUUACAGCUUUGGAAUUUUGCUGCUAGAGCUCAUUUGUUGCAGGAAGAAUUUUGACCAAGAUGCAAGGAAUGAAAAUCAAAUGAUAUUGGCUGAUUGGGCAUACGAUUGCUAUGAAGAAGGGAGAGUGUAUCUGCUAGUGCAGGAGGAUGAAGAGGCAAUUCAAGAUAUGAAGAGGGUAGAAAAGUUUGUGAUGAUUGCCAUUUGGUGCAUUCAAGAUGAUCCAUUGCUAAGACCCACCAUGAAGAGAGUCUCACAGAUGCUGGAAGGAGCUAUUGAAGUUGCUCCUCCUCCAAAAUCUCCCAAUUGGUCAGUUCAAUACUCAUCUUCAACCGCCUCCAGCCGGAUCAUACAUUGUGACAUCCAGCCUCAAAAUAUCCUACUUGAUGGUUCCUUGACAGCAAGAAUCUCAGACUUUGGAUUAGCAAAACUUCUGAAGAUAGGCCAGACACGAACUUUUACAGAAGUCAAGGGAACAAGAGGAUAUGUUGCACCUGAAUGGUUGAUUGGAAACAAGCCUGUCACAGUCAAGGUCAACAUCUACAGCUUUGGAAUUUUGCUACUAGAGCUCAUUUGUUGGAGGACAGUUGAGCAAGAUUUAGAGGAUGAAAAACAAAAGGUAUUGGCUGAUUGGGCAUAUAAUUGCUAUGAAGAGGGGAAACUGUAUCUUCUAGUUCAGGAGGAUGAAGAGGCAAUGGAGGACAUUAACAGGGUAGAGAAGUUUGUAAUGAUUGCCAUUUGGUGCAUUCAAGAUCACCCAUCUCUGAGAACCCCUAUGAAGAGAGUCUCACAGAUGCUAGAAGGAACCAUUGAAGUUCCUUAUCCUCAAGUCAAUCGCUAUUCAUCAGUUUAAUUUAAACCUACCAAAGCCCCAAGAUCAGUUAAUAGAGGAGUGUGAUCAAUAUUGUUGGUUCUUCGGAUUCAUGGGGUGAUCUCUGUUGAUCUUGUGAAGCUUUCUUCUAGAUAUUCCUAGUUACAUGUUAGGUGAAGAAAUGUGUUAGGGCUGU